AGCCGUGUGGGAUAACCGCGUGAUCUUAUUGGUUAAUUAGAUCACGUGACGGGGUUCGCAAACUGCCACAUCAAACUAAGUGUAUUGUGAGUUGUUUGAGCCUGAAGAAAACUAGGAGAAUCCCGGUUAAGAGUAUUCUAUCGGCGCGAUGCCCAAUAAUGGAGAAACAAACGUCCAGGGGACGCAACCGACGAGCGCGGGAGCUGCUGCGAGUUCAUUUGAGCGCCUGGCUCACCAGAUGCAAGAUGUCCUGGGUGACGGAGGGAUCUUGAAACAGGUGGUCCAGCCGGGAGAAGGACCUCUUAUUCCUCAAAAGGCUUCAGUAUUGAUGCAUUACUCUGCUUACCUGGAGAGCUCCAGCCGACCUUUUGAAAGCAACACUUACAUGAAGCAUCCCAACAUAAUGAAGUUGGGAAGAGAUGUGACUCUGGCUGGACUUGAACUGGGGCUGUUAACCAUGAAGAAGGGCGAAUUCUCUCGCUUCCUCUUUUGGCCUCAGUAUGCGUACGGAGAGAUGGGAUGUCCUCCACUCAUCCCUCCUGCUUCCAUCAUUCUGUAUGAGGUAGAAGUUCUUGACUUUCUGGACUCCGAUAUGGAUGAAUUUGUCUCUCUGAGUCCAGUGAGUACACAAACUAAUCUCUGCCAAUGGUCAAUAAAUUAUCAAGUCAUUUCCCCCCCUGUGCUUUCCCAGGAAGAGCAGAACUCUGCUUCUCUGCCCACACUCAUCAAAGUUGUAGAUACCCUGCGUGAAUUUGGGAACCGUCGCUUCAGGCAGAGAAACUUCUUCAAUGCCAAGGGCUGUUAUAAACAGGCCACGACUCUGCUGGCGAACAGAGAAACACAAAGUGAUGCAGAAAGGAAGGAGAUCCGAGCCUCGCAGCUGCUCCUCUAUCUGAAUCUGUCACUCACUGAACUGCGGUUAGACAGCCCACAAAAGGCCCUGAAACAUGCCAACAAUGCCUUGGAGAUCGAUCCCAGCAACACCAAGGCUCUUUUCCGCGGCGGACAGGCAUACGCGGAGCUGGGUGACUAUGAGCGAGCUCAAGACUGCCUCAUCCUGGCCCAGGCCAGAAAGCCCUUCGACACCAACAUAAACAACCUCCUGAAGACAGUGGCAUUUUGGCUCAAAGACAGCCAGGAUAAGGAGAGAGACAUGUGCCGCAAGAUGUUCAAGGACUUGCGUGGCCUAUAAAGGGAUUCAGAAGAUAAUCUCAAGACAAAUUGUUUCUGUUGAAGUAAACAUUAGAAUGAGGCAGAUAGCUGCUCCUGAGAACAGAUCAGAUCGAGGAUCGAGUUUUGGUUUUCUUUGGCGUGUGUUUUGUUCCUGCCUUCCUGUUAAAUAAAAGCCUAAUUCAGUCUGGAGUUUGGUGGUGUUGCCCCACAGUGAUGUAAAUCUAAUGCCAUCAGGGUUAAUCUCUGUAAUCCCAUUCAUCAUAGCCCAAGUAUUGACCUGCUUAUUAAUUUCAAGAAGUAACUAGCUGUGAAGUAGCAUCCCGACGGCUGUGUGUGUUGUAUUGAUGGAAUGUUGUCACUGCGACUGUGUACUGCUUCCCUGUAAUGGGUUGGUGCUGAUAUAUUCAAAUUUUACACAUUUUUUUGUUCAUUUGUUGUUAAAGCAUGUUUGGAAUGGCUGCUGUCUGUAGACAUCUCAUGUUUUCCAUCUUCCCCUGGAUACAUUAAUACAAGAGUGGAUGAGCUCCCCGGGGCCGGCCCAGUCGGUGAUGACCGGAAAAGCACUCUUUUGGAUCAAUAUUUCCAUAAAAGAUUUACGCCUGCUGCUGAUUUAUACUGAUGGAACAUAAGUGCAGUGUUAUAAAUCGGAUCAGACCAAGUAAGUUAAAGUGACUCUUCGGAUGUACGUUUCUGACUAUUUAGCAUUUAUCUUCUUUGUCACCGUUUCAGGACCCACUUUAGCUGCAGAGCCGU